AUGAGAAGAGUAAUUAACUAUCAAAUAUCUCAAGUCAAUUUUCCUGAAAUCUCUAUCGAGCCUAUUGAAAAUAUAAAAUCUUACUUACUUACUUACUUACUUAAUUAUCUGGUGUUUAAGGUGUCUAGUGCCGCAGCCCAAAAGGGCCUAUGGCAAAACUAGUGACGUAGGCGAGCCAUCUUGGCACAGGUCAGCCCCGUCCAAGCCUUCUAUCAACUCCUGCUUCACCGGCCUUGCUGCACGUCUCACCCGGCGCGUUGCCGUCGCCCUUGUCGCUCGACUCAGCUCCUGCGCGUGUUCCGCCUAAGGGUCAUCCUCCCGUGGGGAUGUGCUGAGAGGUAAAAGCCCGAAAUCUUGAGUGGACUGAGGAGUGUUUCUCUGGUUAUCCCCAGAGUUAAACCGCUAUUGCUGUCCAGAAGUCUUCGAGUGAAAACCUAACCCUAUAAAUAAAAUUCCAUGAGGGAGAGAAAAUUAGCAGAGCUAAUUUCUCUCGAACCGAAUGCCAUUUUAUUUAUGAAAAUAUAUAAAAUCAGUCAACAGGAAUACUCACUGGGAAAUCAACUCACAAGAAGGAACUGUCGAUUUGGAAUUCCCAGAAACCACUAUUGGAGAGAUUGAUAUAGGUAGAAACUAUCAUAGGAGCUAUGUCAAGCAUCAAAUUAAAAAUCGUCGGCUGACUGCACACACAAAAGGAUUCUACUCUUUUCUUCCAAAAAUCAAUAAAACGUAAAGAAUCGCUUAAUGCAAUUGUUUAUAGAAUCGAAAAAGAUUUUCCAACUGCACAAAAUAAAACGUUCACUUCAUUGAGAUUAUUUAUUGAGAAUAAAGAAAAGAAGCAAGGGAUUAUGAUGAAUUAUUUUAUUGUAAAAACUGAAGUAAUUGAUGAAACAACAAAUAGUAUCGGUCUUAAAAAGAGUUUUUGUGAGAGCAAAGAACAAGAAAUGAAGAGUGCACAGAAGAAUCACAAUGGGCACAAUGGUAAGAAAUUAAACAAAGAAAUUUUAGGAGGUAUUUCUGAUUUUUUUGGACCAGAGCACCUAGCCAUCAAAAGCAAUAAAAUAUUUCAGCCCCCUGCUCUUGACUGGAGCAAACCUUCGCAGACAGCUCUUAUAAAUCCUCCUCAAGUUAGGGAUCCUCCUCCGUCUCCAAAGAGAGAAGCAUCAGUAAAAAUCCCUACCCAAAGCUACAGCAAUAUUUUAGAAGGGUGCAUAAUAUCUUGCAAUAUUGUAAAUCUAGCUCAAAAAAGAGUGAUUGAAGAAUUAGUAGAAGCUAUGGGUGGGUAUUUUAUUCAAGAAAACAAGGAUGCAGCUCAGUAUAUAAUUUCUGAUGGAACUACAUAUUCCAAUUUAUUAGAGGAUUUAAAUAAUGGAGUUACAAUUGUAGCGCCACAAUGAAUUUUUGAUUGCAUUACAAACAGAAGGAAAAUGGAACCAUCGGCGUAUUUAUUAUUUAACUAUAAUAAUUCUUGUGAAUAUAAACUUUGGCUAUGGCCCAUAACUCUAUCUAUAUCGAAAUAAAUACUUGUCUAUUUAUUGUAAUUAAAAUAA